CAGUCAGCGUUUGUGGGUCGUACGGAUCGGUGUGUGUCGGAUCUCUGUGCGGAUCAAAUCGGAUCGGAGGGGGAACGGAUACUCAGCAUGGAACUUAAAUUGGAAAACUGAAUAAUUUCCCCAGUGCAAAUCAAAGUGCGAUCCCUGCUCGCCGAGCGGUAAAUUAGCCAACGGAAGAAGAGAAGCGCUGGGCAACCAUGUCGAGUAGGCGGGCACAGUCGCUGCCGGCGCACAUGAUGGAACCAGCAAAGCCAGAACGGGGACGCUGUGUGGCUGCCAUCUGUUUCUCGUGGAAGGUGCUCACCUGCAUCGUGUCCCAUGUGCUGCUCGUGCUCCUCGUAGUUUCCUAUUGCGUGGGCGGAGCCUACCUAUUCCAGCAUCUCGAAAAGCCCCAUGAACUGGAGGUCAAGCGCGAUAUCCAGCAUCUUCGAUUUAAUCUCACAGAGAACAUUUGGCUGCUGUCAGAUGACGCUGUGGUCCUGCGGGAAAGCGACUGGAUGGCCAACGUGAGCAAACAUCUGGCCAACUUCGAGAAGCAGAUCCUGACGGCCAUUAAAGCCGAUGGCUGGGAUGGCGACGAGGACCUGCGCAAGUCCCAAUGGACCUUUGCUGGCUCUCUGUUUUACUCUAUAAUAGUGAUAACAACUAUAGGCUAUGGCCACAUAUCGCCGCGCACGGAUUGGGGCAAGGUGACAACGAUUUUCUACGCCAUCGUGGGCAUUCCACUGAUGCUGAUCUGCCUGUCCAACAUUGGAGAUGUCAUGGCCACAUCAUUUCGGUUUUUAUACUGGCGCAUCUGCUGCUAUGUCUGCACCCGUACCGCCAAGAGACCAAGGAAUGCCCGCUCCCGUCAACGUUCCAUGCGCUCCCAACGCAAUGCCCGCUCUCAGCCGCCACCCUCUUUUCGUCGCUCCAUGAAGAUGACCCAACGCUCGGGCAAUGACUCCGGGCUAGGGCCAUCCAUGGGACAUGCCUACUCCGACCCGGAACUGCGGACAAUGGGCAGGGGCUACGACGAUCGAGAGUUUGGACACCGCUCAAGUGGCGGACGCAACCGUCGACAUCAGCAGCAGCAGCAUCAGCACUCGCACCACGAUCCUCGCCAGCGGCACACCAUUUACGGGGAUGAGUACGAGACCCAGACUCUGAAUCGCUCAAAUCGCUACAGCAGCCGGCAGAGGCAGCGGGAUCGGAUGCGAGACAGGCAUACGGUGGAAAGGGAGCGGUACUCCCGAUCCCACUUGGAUGCCGGCUCCAUCGAGGACUUUAGCGACAUUGCACCGCCAGCCAAGAGAGCUGCCAGUGUCCGUUCGGUUCGAUCUCCGCAUAAUCAGGAAUCCUCGAAGGCUUCCAGAGAGCUUCAUCGCCUCCACUCGGCUCCUGGGAGAAGUAGAGCCAAGUCCGUGGAUCCCAGGCACGUGUCCUCGCACUACGAAGAUGUGGAUGAGGAUGUGGUGAGGAAAACUCCCAUUAUUCCAAACCGAUACGCCUUGGACGACUUUGGCGGAGGCGGCCAUAGAAGGCAUGCAGCACCAAGGAGCCAAUCCAUGCCCAGAUCCGCUCACCAACGACAACGCCAGAGGGAUCGAGAGAGGGAGAGAUCCCCGCAACCACCGCCGCACAGUUCCCAUCGUCAGAACAAUGGCAGGAGGGCUGGCAGUCUGGGUAGGCAGUCCUCGCGUUAUGGCAAUCAUCUGGAACUGCCGGACUAUGAUGCGGGACGGGAUCAUCGCAGGGAUCGACGUGGCCACUCGCAAGGACGAUACGAGGAGUAUGUAGAAGAGAGCUUCGAUGAGGGGUCGCUUUAUGGAGACCACUACGAGGAUUAUCCCGUGGAACGUCGUCGCUCCAGAAGCCGCGAACCGAGAAGAAAUCGACGUAGAGAGCGAAGCGAACGUCUGCCUCCCUCACCUAGGAUCAUGUCUCCCAUGGGUUUUCCUGUACAGCGGCAAAUCCGUCGAAGACCCAGCUAUGACUAUGAUGACGACGACUCUAUGUAUGGGGAUGAGUAUGGAGACUAUGGCGAUUUGCUGCCCAAGGACCGUCCUGUGCCCAUUUGGUUGUGCGUCUUUCUGGUGGUCAGCUACAUUCUUGGUGGAGCUGUCUUGUUUGCUUACUGGGAGAAUUGGUCCUUCUUGGACUCUGCAUAUUUCUGCUUUAUUACACUGACAACAAUUGGCUUUGGAGACUUUGUUCCUGCCAAGGGAGUCAAGGAUGAAUCAGAGCAGUCCAUUGCCUACUGUUCUUUGUAUCUGCUGUUUGGCAUUGCCCUGCUGGCCAUGAGCUUCAAUCUUGUUCAGGAGGAGUUCAUAGCCAAUGUCAAGGAGGUGGCUCGUCGCCUGGGCAUUCUCAAGGACGAUGACGACGAGCACGAUGAGGAAUAAGUACUUGACACUUUUGGUCACUACAUUUUACAUAAAUAAACAAGAUUGCUUCUACUUUUACCCUAAAAAAUCAUUUAGGAUUACAAAUAAAUUGAAUUGGAGUCAUAAAGAACACGAAUGAAGGAGUGGAAAAUUAUUUAAAUAUUAAACUUAAAGUUUAGUUAUUUUUUUGUAGAGGCUCCUUAACGUUAUUUAUACAAGUUCUACUAAUAUUUCCU